CGUGCGCGCGUCCCGGCGGCGCGCCCCCUCCCGGCCCCGGCGCUCGGCCAUGGCGGCGCGGGUGCUGAGCAGGCCGCUCGUCACCGCCAAAUGGCUCUCGGAGGCCGUGAAGGCCGGGCGGGUCGGGCCCAGCCUGCGGGUGCUGGACGCCUCCUGGUAUCCGCCGCAGGAGAGGAACGCCCGGCAGGAGUUCAAGGAGAGGCACAUCCCCGGCGCGUCUUUCUUCGACAUCGAGGAGUGCCGGGACAAGUCCUCCCCUUACGACUUCAUGCUGCCCAGCGAGUCCCAUUUUGCCGACUACGUGGGGCGGCUGGGCGUCGGCAACGACACGCACGUGGUGGUGUACGACGGGGACCAGCUGGGCACCUUCUACGCCCCCCGCGCGUGGUGGAUGUUCCGCGCCUUCGGGCACAAGGACGUGUCGGUGCUGAACGGCGGCUUCAAGAACUGGCUGAAGGAGGGACAUCCCGUCACGGCAGACAUCACCCAGCCUGAACCGGCCGUCUUUAAGGCCGAGCUGAACAGAUCCCUGCUGAAGACCUUUGAGGAGAUGAUACAGAACGUGGGGUCCCUGCAGUUCCAGAUGGUGGAUUCCCGCCCCGAGGGCCGGUUCCGGGGGACCGAGCUGGACCAAGGGCUGGAAUCUGGUCACAUCCCUGGCGCAGUGAACAUACCCUUCCACUCAUUCCUAACAGAAACUGGCCACGAGAAGAGUAUCGAGGAGAUCCAACAGAUAUUCCGUGAGAAGCAAGUGGAUCUGUCCAAGCCGCUGACAGCCACGUGCCGCAAAGGCGUCACGGCGUGCCACAUUGCCCUGGCAGCCUUCCUCUGUGGCAAGCAGGACGUGGCCGUGUACGAUGGCUCCUGGUCAGAGUGGUUCCACCGCGCCCCACCUCGCUACAAGGUCUCUGAGAUGAAGCGUGGCAAGGCCUAAAGGACAAGUUGCCGCUUCACAGGCAGUGAGCCCUAGCAACUUAUCGACCAGCUCAGGGCACAGGGAAAGGGAGGGGGUGAAAGUACAGAAAAAAAUCACUGGUUAAUAUUUUGCCAAUUUUUUAUGAGACUGAUCAGUAGCUUUCUGCCUAUGUUGCAGUUUUUCACAAUGAAUAAAAUCUGUUUCUAAGAUGA